CCUUAUAGGCCUCUGAGCGCUGGUGCUAGGGACCGCGGCAGGCUUCAGGGGGAGGUGCGGGGGCUAAGAAGGGACAGGUCUGGGCAGCGCUCCGGGGUUGGCACCAGUUCGCGCACCCAUUCAAGCAGCGAACGCUUGUCCUGGCAGACCUCGCGGACCGUGCUAGCGACGGUGAGUGACGGUCUCCGGCGCUCCCGCACCACCGAGGCUUUCGGCUGACAUCCUGGCGUCCGUCCCCAACAUGCCUAGCCUCUGGGAUCGCUUCUCGUCGUCGUCGUCGUCCUCGUCGUCGUCCUCGUCCCGGACUCCCGCCCCGGACCAGCCGCCGCGCUCCUCCUGGGGGGCAGCGGCCCGAGAAGAGGGGCUCGGCCGCUGUGCGAGCCUGGAGAGCUCGGACUGCGAGUCCCUGGACAGCAGCAACAGCGGCUUUGGACCCGAGGAGGACUCCGCGUACCUAGAUGGGGUGUCCCUGCCCGAUUUCGAGUUGCUCAGCGACCCCGAAGACGAGCACCUGUGUGCCAACUUGAUGCAGCUGCUGCAGGAGAGCUUGGCCCAGGCGAGGCUGGGCUCCCGGCGCCCCGCGCGCCUGCUGAUGCCGCCCCAGCUGGUGAGCCAGGUGGGCAAAGAGCUGCUGCGCCUGGCCUACAGCGAGCCGUGCGGCCUGCGGGGGGCGCUGCUGGACGUCUGCGUGGAGCAGGGCAAGAGCUGCCACAGCGUGGGCCAGCUGGCUCUCGACCCCAGCCUGGUGCCCACCUUCCAGCUGACCCUCGUGCUGCGCCUGGACUCCCGCCUCUGGCCCAAGAUCCAGGGGCUCUUCAGCUCCGCCAACUCUCCAUUUGUCCCCGGGUUCAGCCAGUCUCUGACUCUGAGCACGGGCUUCCGAGUCAUCAGGAAGAAGCUCUACAGCUCCGAGCAGCUGCUCAUUGAGGAAUGUUGAACUUGAGCCUAGGGGGUUAAGACUGACCCCUAACUGUGGAGACAACUGAACUGUUGCGGGCUCACAUUGGCAGGCAGGAAGCGAGGGACUAGUGGCCUGUCGUUAGACAACUGACAACAGCCACCUGAUAGGAGGGAGGAGGAGGAGGAGGUGGGAACAUGCUGUUUCCUAGGAAGCUCACUGAGGAAGGUGCAGGUGGUCGCUCCUCAAGUACUGUAGCAUGAAACAAAGGCUUAGGGGCCCACCGGGCUUCUGGCUGGAUGUGUAUGUAGCAUGUACCUUAUUAUUUUUUAUUGUUACUGACAGUUAAGACAACAGUGGUGUGACAGAGCCAGGAGAGCAGCUGGGCUGCACUGGCCUCUGCAGGGGGUGUGUGCUCAUGGUAGCCUGCUCUGGUGGUGGGGAGGAGGUCACCGAGGUGGUUUGUGUAGCUCAUGGUCUUAAAGGACCAAAUGUGUUCUUUUGUUUUUGUAUCUUCCGGUUAUUAUUGUUGUUACUAUUUUUUUUCCACUACUGACCUGUUCUAGGCAGCUAUCUUACAGACGCAUGAAUGUAAGAGUAGGAAGGGGUGGGUGUUGGGAUCACUUGGGGUCUUUGACACAAAUAUAUGUAUACACCUAGGAGCUGCAUCUUGGUCCAUCCCCUGCUGUGUGCUGUAGAGUUGAGCUGUGGGGGUGGGGGGCUGGAACCCCUCCUCCAGAGGAGUGCCAUCUGGGUCUUCCAUCUAGAACUGUUUACAUGAAGAUACUCGCCGUUCAUGAAUACACUUGAUGUUCAAGUAUUAAGACCUAUGCAAUAUUUUUUACUUUUCUAAUAAAAAAAAAAGUUUGUUAGGA